AUGCGACCCGAUACUCCCCGCGAUCCAGUCGCUGGUCCGGCCUCAGGCCCGGAGGCUCCCUACCCGAUACGAUUGUCUGGCCCGGUGAUCAAGGGCUUUGGCCGUGGAAGCAAGGAUUUGGGGAUCCCCACAGCCAACAUUCCCGCCGAUGAUCUUUCCGAGAAGCAUCCUGAUCUGACAACAGGAGUCUACUAUGGCGUGGUAGCACUAGACCCUAAGAACUUUGCCUAUGAGGGUGAAUCAACAGGAGAGACCGUUCUUCCAGCAGUUUUGAGUAUUGGAUACAACCCAUUCUAUAAGAAUACUGUUCGAUCAGUGGAAAUUCAUAUCAUGCCUCCUCUUACACAGCCCUCUCCAACUGCAGUUACGCAACCUAAGUUCAACCGUCUCCCUGACUUCUAUGGUACAGAGCUCAAGCUUUUGAUCUUGGGCUAUAUCCGUCCGGAAUUCGACUAUGUCUCGUUGGACGCACUGAUCGAGGAUAUUCGGCUGGAUUGUGAGGUUGCGCGAAUGAGUCUGCUCAGAAAAGCGUAUCAAAAGUACUUGGUUGAGGAUGGACAAGCCUCACAACAGGACAACGAGGAUCGGAAGUGGUUGGUGAGCUUUUAG